GAUAAGAUUUCGUAGCGAAAGUCAUCGUGAUUGUUUCCCCAUCUAGAAAUAUUGAAUGGAAAUUUCUAACAGUUCAUUCUGGAGCUCGAGCCAACAUGGGGACGAGCGUGGAACGGAAAGACGUCAACUACUCGCCAGUCAAAGGCCAGAGGGAUGUUAAACUGCCCUUGAUUGGCGUGAGGCACUGGCAGGUGCUACUGCUCUUCAUCCUGGUAUGCACAGCCUUCGGCUUCCGAGUCAUCCUUUCAGUAGCCAUAAUCGCCAUGACGGAUCCUACGGCAAGCUCAAAUCCAGACGUGCCAACCUACGACUGGAAAGACAAGGGCACAAUCCUGUCCUCCUUCUUCUGGGGCUACCUAUGGACGCAAGCCUUUGCCGGCUACGCAGCCAAACGCUUCGGUGCCAAAUGGUUCCUGAUUGGCGCAAUUUUCGUGCAAAGCAUGCUCUCACUGCUCACCCCACUCACUGCAGCACUCUUGGGCUCCUACGGAAUGUGCGUGAGUAGGGCGCUGCAGGGCACCUGCCAGGGCUUUGUUUUCCCAUCGGUCACUCACCAGCUCACUCAAUGGGUCCCUCCCAAUGAGCGGAGUCGUUUAGGCUCGGUCAUCUUUGGAUCCGCCCCCCUGGGGACAGUGGUGGCGAUGUUGGUGACUGGAGUUAUCUCGGCCGGAUGGUACGGUUGGCCUUUGGUAUUCUACCUCUAUGGAGUGGUGGGGUUGGGGUGGUGCGUUCUAUUUGCCUUUCUGGGGGCCAACAGCCCAGCUAGCCACUCCUCCAUUAGCAAAGAGGAGAAAUAUUACAUUGAGCAGAGUUUGGGGCAUAUAGAUGAUAAGCCGACAAACAAAGUGCCCUGGAAGAAAAUAUUCACCUCCGUUCCUCUAUGGGCAGUGUUCUUGGCCCAAACUGGCAACAACUACGCCUUCUGGACCUUGCUCACGCAAAUCCCCAGCUACAUGAACCAUGUGAUGCACUUCGAUAUAAAAAAUAACAGCCUGUUGUCAUCGCUCCCGUACUUGACUGGAUGGGCCGUCAGCUUUCCCUAUGGCUACAUAUCCGACACCAUCAUCAACAAGAACUGGGUGAGCGUCAGCACAUCGCGAAAAAUCUUCAACUCUUUCGGUAUGCUGGUGCCAGCUUUGGCUCUAAUAGUCCUGGGAUAUACCAGGGAAGAUCAAACAACGCAAGCAGUGAUUCUUCUGGUGGUGGCCGUGGCUUCAAAUGGAGCCACCUUGGCUGGCUGGGCUUUGAACCACAUGGAUCUGGCACCCAACUAUGCUGGCACCCUAAUGGGGCUCACCAAUGGUGCGUCGCAUAUUUCCGCCAUUUCCGCGCCUCUGAUUGUCCAGAUGGUUGUCACAGACGAGAGUGAUCCCCACCAAUGGAAGCUGAUCUUCUGGUUGACUGCCGGUAUUCUAACGGCGGUUGCCGUGGUGUUUAAUAUAUUCGGGACUGCAGAGAAGCAAGAUUGGAACGAGGCUGCGAGUGAGGAGAAUGAAAAGUGCUGAUGGAAUCCACCAGUUAUCGAGUACCUACAGCUCCAACUGUCUUUGAUUAUUUACUAGUAAAUGAAAAGACCUAAGCCUUGAAAA